AUGGUGGGAGCUGGGGCAGGGAGUGCGCCCCGGGCCGGUGCAGGCGAGACCCCAGGACAGUUUACAGUGACUGCCUUACAGGAACAUGUUUUUGCUUCACUUCGAGGAGAAGCUGAGCUCAGUUGCCAGCUGUUCCCACCACAGAGUGCAGAGCACAUGGAGAUACGCUGGUUCCGGAACCGCUACACACAACCUGUUCACUUGUACAAGAAUGGUAAAGAUAUAUAUGGAGAAACAGUUUCCAAGUACGUGGAGCGAAUAGAAUUCCUGAAAGAAGACAUUGAAGAGGGCAAAGUGACCAUCAGGAUCCUUAAUGUCAGCGUUGAUGAUGAUGGGCUAUACCACUGUUUAUUCCAAGAUGGUGAAUUCUAUGAUGAAGCAAUCACAGAACUGAAGGUCACUGCUACAAGUUCAGAAGUACAGAUUAUUGUGCAUUCUCCCAGUAUCAAAGGUAUUUUAGUGGAAUGUAACUCAGAAGGUUGGUUCCCACAGCCUCAUAUGGAAUGGAGAGAUGACAGUGGAAUGACCAUUACACCUACAACAGAAUCCCAUUCACAGAAUAAAGACAAACUAUUCAACAUGAAGAUGGCUCUUCUGCUUAGCUCCCUUAGAAAUGUCACUUGUAACCUUCGAAAUCCUUUGACUGGUCAAGAGGAGAUGACAAGCCUUAUUCUGCCAGGUGAGAUAAGUGUAUUUUUCCUUUAA